AUGUCAUUUUGUGCCACCCGGCACGGACAGUUUUUACCGUUCCGCCGGGCGGCCAAAAUCGGCACGGGAGGCGUCCCCGUCUCGGUGGCGCUGGAGGAGACGCAGGACGCCUCCGUCGGCGCCGGAGGAUACGCAAGACGCCUCCGUCGGCGCCGGAGGAGACGCGGGACGCCUCCGGCUGCGUCCCGCGACGCCUUCGGCGCCGAAGGCGUCGUGCGCGAUGCCUUCUGCAGCACUGAAGGCGUUGUGCGCGAUGGCUUUUGCAGCGCCGGAAGCGGUAAUUCACCCCCUUAUCCCCUUCUCUACUUCAUAAUCCUCGCUUUCUCUCCAACUGCCUUUAUUGGACUUAACUGUGAUUUGAAAGUUGCACAAUUUGAGUUCUUAUCAAAUGCAAAGCCUUCCCUUUUUGAGUACCCUCGCGCAACCACAUCUCCUACCUCAAUUUCUGCAGUCAGGAUUCCUACUGCUUUUCUGUCAACAGCAGCUAAAGCAAAAUCAAGAGCGAAAAGAGACGCUGAACAUAAAGGCACUCUGGAGAAGCUUUCAAGUGACGAUGCAUCAAGUCCUUCAGUUUCUACUAAGUCCAGUAAAUCUAUUGAGAAAGAUGCUAAUGCAAUGCAGUUGGAUACUGCUUUGGAAAAGAAAGUGGAGCCCGAACUGUCGUAUGGGAUUUUGACAAAUCCAGCGAGGGUCGUCCCUGCCCAAGAGAAGCACGUCAGAUUCCUUGAGGGAACCCGAUAUGUUCCCAUCAAGUUAGCACCCUCCGGAUUUGUGCUUUUGAAGGAUUUGCAGCCAUCCAAAGUGGAGGUACUCGCCCUUUCUGACACACCAACGACAGCACCACCCAAUGCAGCAAGAACUGGAGUAACUUCGACCAGACAACAGGUAUCAGGUUCUUCAUCGAUGGCGGUAGAUGAUGAGCCUCAGCCUCCACAAGCAUUCGAGUACGGGGGUUGA